GCUGCCACCGCCGCUCCGCCUGGUCCAACCUCCAGGCCCAGUGCUCUGACUUUGCCGAACCGGGGCGCUCUGCAGAGACAUCUUCACUUCUUCCUGGGGGUCUGGGACACCUAGGCCGGCGUUGGGGGGAACCUCCGCUUGCGGGUGACAGGGAGGGAGGAGCCUGGAGCCCGAGCCCGCGGCACCCGUCGCCCGGAUCAACAGGACAGGACAGGUUGAGGGGCGUCGGGGAAAGGAAGGGGUGCUAUAGCAAUCCCCAGGGAGGACGUGGAAACCCUGUCGCAGGAAUCUCUGAUGCGCUAUGACUUAUUAAGGCCUGUUUGCGUUUGAGGAGUGGUGGCAACGUGGGUACACUCCUCUCUUGGGGGCCUUGUUAGAUUGGAGAGUGUGGGAUUUAAGCAGUGCCAGGUGUUCCUCGGGAAAUUGAAAGGGGCCACCAGAAAACAAAAAAGCGACUGAUGCCCCUUGUUUCGGGGUGACAGAGGGCCCUCCAGACAACCACCUGGUGUAUGCACUAGGAAGGGCUGGUUUGGAGGUGACUUCAAAAGGAGUGGAGGGUGACAAAGUGAGGAAAUGGUCUCAGGAGCUGGAACCCCAGGUCGUGGAACCCCGUGAAGAAAAGCAUUAUUCAGCCAGAGGAUCUGGGAACCCCUUCUCACUGAACCGAGACAGCUUGGAUAUUGAGACAUAUUUGGGGGGAUGUUUGAAGAAAGUGAGAGAGACACUCCAUUUAGAGUAUAGCAAAGGAAAAACAUCAGGGCUGGGCUCCUCUCUGACACUGACAGCAGCUCAGGGUGAGCUAAUGUUUCCAAAGCUAAAGACCCACACUCUUCAGGUUACAAGAGUAGACUGGGCAGGAGCGCCCCCAAAAUAGGGUGGAAAGAACUCUGAGGAUAUUGAGAACACAUCGUAGAAAUUUAGGAGGGUCUUGACUUUGGGAUAGAGGAAGUGGGACAGAGGCCAGAGAAGAGAGAAGGGGAGAGCUUUCGUUAGGGUACAUAAUUCAUGGGUGAGGUCAGCUGAGGAGUGCAUAGGCUAUUGGAGCCGCUGGAGCUAGUGCAGGGCCCAAGGGUGAGAGCUGGUGGUUUUGGGGGGAGGUAAGGGGGUCUGCCUUAUCCUUAGGUCCUGUGGGUGGGGCGGAGGGUUGGGUCCAGAGCAUGCCCUGGUGAGAGGGCUCCUCUAGGGGAGCCCAGGGUGCUCCGGGAGCCUGCUGGUUUGGGGGUGUCUCCUCCCGGGGCGCUAUGGCGGCGUUGGCCAGUAGCCUGAUCCGACAGAAGCGGGAGGUCCGCGAGCCCGGGAGCAGCCGGCCGGUGUCGGCGCAGCGGCGCGUGUGUCCCCGCGGCACCAAGUCUCUUUGCCAGAAGCAGCUCCUUAUCCUGCUGUCCAAGGUGCGACUGUGCGGGGGGCGGCCCACGCGACAGGACCGCGGCCCAGAGCCUCAGCUCAAAGGCAUCGUCACCAAACUGUUCUGCCGCCAGGGUUUCUACCUCCAGGCGAAUCCCGAUGGGAGCAUCCAGGGCACCCCAGAGGACACCAGCUCCUUCACCCACUUCAAUUUGAUUCCCGUGGGGCUCCGUGUGGUCACCAUCCAGAGUGCCAAGCUGGGCCACUACAUGGCCAUGAAUGCUGAGGGGCUAUUGUACAGCUCGCCACAUUUCACAGCAGAGUGUCGCUUUAAGGAGUGCGUCUUUGAGAAUUACUAUGUCCUGUAUGCCUCUGCUCUGUACCGCCAGCGUCGUUCUGGCCGGGCCUGGUACCUAGGCCUGGACAAGGAGGGCCGGGUCAUGAAGGGAAACCGAGUCAAGAAGACCAAGGCAGCUGCCCACUUUGUGCCCAAGCUCCUGGAGGUGGCCAUGUACCGGGAGCCUUCUCUCCACAGUGUCCCUGAGACCUCCCCUUCCAGUCCCCCUGCCCCUUGAGAUGUAGUCCCUGGACUGGAGGCUCUCUGCACUUCUGGUGAGCCGGCCACCGCCACAGCCUGCCUCCUAGCCCUGCUCCAGGCCUUGCUGCUCCCACCCUGCCGCCACACACAUGCCCUAAGCAGCCAGGUCUCACCAGGUGCUGUACCCUGAGGACGCUUAGAGGCUAGCUGGGACUCCUGGAGUUGCUGAGCUCUUAGAUCCUGGGGCCUAGGAGAGCUUCUGAGAUGGGGGUGCCUGAAAUCAUCCUGGCUGAUCCACCUAUUUCUUUCCACACUAGCUUCUCCCCCUCCAAAGAACCCCAAUUUUUCCUGAGAUGGCGCUGGGGCUUCCAGAACUGACAGAGCAAGGGAAUUAGCACUCCUCACCCUGGCUGAGCCAGUUUCUGAAGCCACGCACUCCUUUACAUUGUCGCCAAGCCAUAGCUUUCUAGGUCGGUCACCGGCACUCAGAACUAGUUUCCUUCUCUCUCUGCUCUACCUUCUGCCUUGGUCUGGGCAGGUUCUGACCCAGCUGAACACCCAGCCAGGGCCAUUCUGUGUUCCGUAUUGGAACCCAGGCAUGGAUCCUUUAAACUUCUAUUCUUGACCUAGAUGGAAUCCCCUGGUUUAAAAAAAAAAAAAGAGAGAGGCUGAAUUUGAGCCUCCUAAUGUAGCCAUUGGCCUUGGUCUGAGCUGGAACCAGCCUCUGGCCACACCACACGUGAAACCUUCUAUCCCAGAGACGCCCAGUUCUAGAGCACGUGUUCUAGGCCUUUGUGGAGCCAUACUUCCUCCUGACUCUCAGCUCUAGCACAUAGACCAUGACUCUCAGCCCCUUUUCCAGGAUGGAACCUGGGCCUGUAUAGCCAUAUUAUUGUACUAGAGUAAGUUCUAAACCUACCCUUCUACUUCCUGUAAUGAUUAUUUAAGAAUGAGCUAUGGAUAGAACUGAGCAAUGAUUCAUUAAGAACUAAUUGGUGGCACAAGCCUAUAAUUCAGCCUGGGGACUGAGUCAGAAGGAUUUCGAGUUGGAGGACAUCCUGAGCUAUAAUAGCAAAACCCUGUCUGAAAAGCCACGCGUGUGUGUGUAAACACACACACACACACACACGGGGUGGGGCAGGGAGAAAGAGAGAGAGGACACACUUACUAAUCAGUACUGAAUGGAUCAAGAACCACUGUUUUUCCUAGGUAAUUUUCUAAAAUCUUCUUCCCUCUAGAAUGCUAACCUUACUUUUACAUGUUUUCUAGUUUUAGCAUUGCAGCUGGGGUUCUCCCAGGGAAACAAGAGCCUAGGGAAAGGUACAGGAAUUCUGGAAGACUAUAUCUGGUACAUGGUAGGGAAGCCAAGAGGAGGAAAAAGCAGACUUUGACUGCUUUGGGGAGACAUGAACACUUAGCUACCUCAGCAGGAAUUUCUUACACUUGCCUCUUAAGGCUGAGGUCCUUUGCUUGAUAUGGUGUGGUGGUUUGUGAGGUGGAGGAAAAAAUUGGGAAUAAAGCGCUAACCUGGGCUACGUAGGGAGUUCAAGACCAGCCUGGGCUAUAGGAGACCCUGUCUCAAACAAAACUGAGGUCUGUAGGGAUAAUGACUCUAGAAUUAAAAAGGAUAACUAGUGACACACCUUGAAUCCUCCCCCUAGCAAGGAGCCCCCCAACUCAGCAAUAAGUCCAACUUCUCCCUCCUGCAGGUCAGGCCUAGGAAAGGAGGGGCCUCUUGGGCUCCCAGACCUCAUAUAUCCCCAGAGCUUCUAACUAAAUAGAAUUUACUUUAUCUACAGCUUAUAACCUCAGCUGGGUUUUAAGUACCCAAAAAGGACCUGGAAACGGGGAGUCUCUAGUAAAACAGGGGGUGGAUCCCGAGUCUAGCAGAUGUAGGUGGACCGGCUAUGGAGGUCCCACAGGAGGGGCUGUACCCAAAGGCAGGACACUUUUCCUCAGGCCCUUUUACUUCUGGCUUGUUGCAAGAGAUGCCCCCACUCUGUCACACACACCCCGCUCAGGCUCCGCCCAUCUCCUGGCUCUACUCUCAGGGGACCGGGUCUCCAAGCUUUCUCUAAUUAAAGA